GGCUUAGGUGUAUGCAAAACCAUAUUUUAUGAUCGUUCGUUGAGAACUUGGUGUAAACGCAAUAUAAUCAUUUGAUCGCUACUCUUUUAUUGAUCACAAAGAAAUAUGGUUUGGUUUUUAAGGUUCAAUUGUUUGUAUCUAGGAUUAGAAAAUCCAUUUCUUAAUUACAACUUUGGAAUUGGUUCUUGCCUACAAUUUUUUUUAUAUAAACGGCCUAGCUCUUGAUUAAAAAAAUGUGUACCCACGUACAAAAAUACUACUACAAAAAUGGAAAAUUUCAAAAUUUCAUACACAGCGUUCUUGUUUUGUUUUUUGACAUUGGAGUUAUGCAAUUGUGGGGAUUUAAGGAAGAACUUUUAUCGUACGAGCUGUCCUCAGGCAGAGAAAAUCGUGCGAAACAUAACUUGGGAAAAUGCAGCAAGCAAUGCUGCAUUGCCUUCUAAAAUCCUUAGGAUGCAUUUCCAUGACUGCUUUGUUAGGGGCUGUGAUGCCUCGAUUUUGAUAGACUCGACUACGAAUAACACAGCAGAAAAAGAUGCAAUCCCGAAUAGAUCGUUGGCGGGAUUUGAAGUUAUUGACGAAAUCAAGACUCAGCUGGAGCAAAUUUGCCCCGGGAAAGUAUCGUGCGCUGAUAUUGUAACUCUAGCUGCUCGAGAUUCGGUUUCUUUUCAAUUCAAUAAAUCGAUGUGGGAAGUGCUAACGGGGAGACGAGACGGCACCGUUUCGCUUGCUUCCGAGGCUUUGGCCGACAUCCCUUCACCGUUUUUAAACUUCACUACUCUCAAGCAAUCUUUCGCCACCAAAAACCUCACGGUAAAAGAUCUUGUCGUUCUCUCAGGCGCGCACACGAUUGGCGUGGCGCACUGCAACCUAUUCAGCAACAGGCUGUACAAUUUCACCGGAAAAGGCGACGCGGAUCCGUCGUUGAACGCCACUUACGCCGCCACACUGCGGUCGCAAUGCCGGAGUUUGUCGGAUAACACGACGACGGUGGAAAUGGAUCCCGGCAGCUCGUUGGCGUUCGACAACGGUUAUUUUUCGACGCUGUUACAAAACCAGGGGCUUUUCCAGUCCGACGCCGCGCUUCUGACUAGCAAUCUCGCAAACGGGAUUGUGAAUGAGAUGUUGAUUUCUGGAAAGUUCUUAACGGAGUUUAGCCAAUCUAUGAAGAGGAUGGGCGCUGUGGGCGUGCUUACUGGGAAUGAGGGAGAAAUUAGGAAGAAAUGCAGUGUGGUUAAUUAAUUAGUUCUUGCAUUAUAUUAUUUUGAAGCCUUCUUGAAAUAUGUAUGAAAUAGGCAAUAUUUGAUAUGGUUGUGUUGUCUGAAUAUUGCAGAUUCCAGAAAAUUUCAGCAGAAAUACAUUUUCUUUGUUUGUAAUUUUAUUUGUAACAUUAAUGGAGUUGUGGAAGUUGAUGAUGAAACGUUGGAUGCGGCUA